AAAUAAAAAUUUUGUCAUUGUAAUUCAACUGUAACUGUACUGUUAUUUAAAGCCCCGUUGACAGACGAAAUACAUUUCCUUGGUUUUGAAAUAGAUUUAAUAUUAAUUUUCAAUUUGCUUAACUUGUAUAACUAUUAUUGUUUAUCGUAAGUAUGGUGGACGAUGGCACUAGAAAAACUUUGAGUAAAAUUCCUCUUUUAAAAACUAAAGCUGGUCCACGGGACAAAGAAUUGUGGCCUAUUCGUUUAAAAGAGGAAUAUCAAGCACUAAUUCAAUAUGUACAAAAUAACAAAGACAAUGAUAAUGAUUGGUUCAGAUUAGAAUCAAACAAAGAUGGAACACAGUGGUUUGGAAAAUGUUGGCAUAUUCAUGAAUUGAUGAAGUAUGAGUUUGCCAUUGAGUUUGAUAUUCCAGUAACAUAUCCAACUACUGCUCCUGAAAUAGCAAUUCCUGAGCUGGAUGGAAAAACUGCAAAAAUGUAUAGAGGUGGUAAAAUAUGUUUAACUGAUCAUUUCAAACCACUUUGGGGAAGAAAUGUUCCUAAAUUCGGAAUAGCUCAUGCGAUGGCCUUAGGAUUGGGACCAUGGUUAGCUGUUGAAAUUCCAGAUUUGAUACAGAAAGGCAUCAUUGUUCACAAAGAAGGAGCUUCAUCUACAUGAAACUAUUUAUAUGUAUAUGUUUAUAGUCUGUGAAUUUCUUGGGGGCUAUUUUUUAAUAAAAUCAGUUGUUUCAUUA